CUUUGUUUGGCUGAACAAUGAUGGUGUUGGGUACGGAGUUCUCAAAAAAAUUUGGACAAGUUCUUGUUAUUUACUUCCUUGACUUACGAUCCUCAUUUUUGUUAUUUAUCUCCUCAUUGCUUAUGGUCUUCAGGGGUCAUUUUAAUGUCCGGUGCACGUUUACGUGAGCCCAAAUUGAAUAACAUCUGCAUCUGAGCUUCCGGUUUGCUUACAUUUGCAUAUUAAGGCAAUGUACUGAAGUAGGAACAAUUCCCUGAGAGCCACCGACGGCCUGAUUUUAUCAGGAAACCUAAUCUGUGAGAGUCCAACUCCGAAGAAAAGUGAGACCAGUAGAGCACAAGUUUGUUCCUGAGAAGCACUGUAUAAAAUCACACCAUUGUGUUGCUGGCUACUUCGUGCCGACGGCCAUUUUAAAGAACGCAAAUUGAAAACGUCUUAUGUUUUGCUUGAGAACAAGUGACAAAUUUUCCGUCAGUAAUCGUUGUCUUUGAGAUCAGCACAACACCCGAGAAUGUCCUCGACCAGAGACUAUACCCGGGCUGAAAUCAGCGAUACAACAACAAACGUUCCUUUGCUAAGCGAAGAUUCUUGGGAAGAUGGACCCAGCGACCCAGUUUUGCUCAUUAACGACACAGUCGAAGAUCAUCCCUCCGUUCGUUUCUCUGUCUCCUCGGCGGGAAAUGGCUCAAAUUUUAACUCCCCGUGCAAGCUUUCAAAGACCACAGCCCUUGUAGGGAUCAUUGCUGCGCUCAUCGUGAUUUGCAUCGUGUUAUCUGCGUUGCUGUCAAGACAUAAACAAGAGAAGGUCGUGAUACCCUCACACCAGAGUACUGUGUGUGUUACCGAGGGUUGUAUAGACGCAGCUUUUCACAUGUUUCACGCACUAAACCGAUCCGUUAAACCAUGCGACGAUUUUUACGAAUAUGCCUGCGGAGGUUGGUUGCAGAAUCACCCAAUUCCUGAGAGCAAAUCUUUCUGGGGGAUUUAUUCAGCUUUGCAGGAAGACAAUGAAAGGCUUCUACGCCAAUUGCUAGCUACACCAACGAGGUCACCAACCAUGAAGAAGGCCAAGACUUUUUACGAUUCCUGUAUGAACAUGACAUCAAUCAACAAAAUGAGGGCAAAGCCACUGCUUGAUAUAAUUGAUGACCUUGGUGGAUGGAGCAUAACGUCGCCAGAUUGGAACAAAACAAAAUUCGAGUUUGGCAAAACCCUAAAAAUAGUUCAAAGGAAGUAUUCAGUUUCCGCCUUUUUCGGCGUAGAUGUUGAUGCAGAUGAUAAAAAUUCUUCAAAAAACAUUAUUAAGGUAAGCGUACUACCGAUGUAAUGUGUACAUCAGUUUAAUUGGGAAAGAUAUAUUCCCGUGGUCAUGGGACGCACCAACCUCAACCCAACCGCAACCUAUCUGCGGUCAUAAGAGAAAAUCAAAAUUAUCAGUGACUAUUACUUAGAACAGGAUAGGUGAGGAAACUACGAACAUCUGUUUGACUGAAAAUGAGUUCAUUUUCAUAUAUCCAGAGUGCAAAUUUGUGACACAAGUGCAAAUUACAAUUACUGUGUGCAUUGUCAAAAUUUGGUCUGUCUUGACUUUCUGUGAUGCUUUUUUAAUGUAAAUUAUUAAUAAGUGUUAACAUGAUUUUACAUGUAAUUUGGUGUAAAUAAGCUCUUAAAAAUUAUCUCAUUGUUGUGCAUUGUAAGUUUAUGGUUAUUAUUUUUUUUUGAAGGUUGAUCAAAAUGGACUGGCAUUAUCUCGAACAUACUACCUGAGCAACUUAACUGAUCCGGUGGGUUUCAUCUCUGGCAUGUUAAUAAUUGUCUAUAUGAUGUUUAUAAUUCUGAUGAGAGUGAGUAGAUUCUAACACACUCAGUCAUCACAGAAGUCAUUGACUCUUUGACUCCUGGUAGUGAAUAACAUGUAACUUCUCCCCAAAAUAUCCAUUCAUUAUGAAGCAACAUACUGAUGAGAAUACUUAGAGUUGUGGUUGAUUGUUACUAAUUUACAAGGAAAUCUGUACCAGCUAGAGGGGAGAAUGAACAAUCAGAUCUUGGGAGUUAAAGGAUUGAUGAACAGGAACAAUUUUUAGCAUUGAUUAGGUGUAAAAGGAGAAGAAAAAUGCUACUAAACUGCCUAUCUAACUCUUAGAUAUUUUAUAUUUCAUUCCACAUAACAAGAGGUAGGUAUUUCUCCGACUGCUUCUCACCAAGUUAUUGGUCUCAAAAUUUUAAUGCAAAGUUCAAGCUAGGUGGGUCCUGGGGUGCUUGUGACCCCCCUCCCCCCCUCCCCUUUGUAAGCCCUUUUUUUUUUAAAUAAACAACCUACAAUACUCAGGUAGCAAAAGCUGGUGAGUACCCCCUCUUUAACCCAGUAUGACACCCCCCGUACUGAGUGUACUCCCCCCCCCAGUGUACUGAUGAGGCUACGGUUUUCUUUGUCCACAGAAACUGGUUGCCUACUUGAAGUAUAUGACUACUAUUGGUGUUUUACUGGGAGGAGAGGAGAAUGAAACAAGAAGGCAGAUGCAAGAGGUUUUAGAGUUUGAAAUUAAAUUGGCAAAGGUUUGUCACGUAGAAAAUGAUCAAUAGUAGGUAUUAUUGAUAGCAUGUUUCCUUUUAUUAACCAUUAACCCUUUAACUCUCAUGAGUGACCAACACAGAAUUUCUCCUUACAAUAUCAAUACAAUGUCAACCAGAUAAGUGAUGAGAAUAAAGAAAAAUAUCAAUUUGGGGAUAAUUAGUUGGUCCAAUACUAAAUUCUCUGAACUAAUAUUAUGAGAAUUGUAUUGUUGAUAGUAGGGAAAAUUACAAAUUUGACCUGGGAGUCAAAGGGUUAAACUGCCAUGAGUGACAAAGACAUAAUUUUCUCCUUGCAAUAUCAAUGCAAUAUCAAGCAGAAGUUGAUGAUAAUAAAGAAAAGAUAUCAACAGGGGUAUUGUUAGUUGAUCCAAUACCAAAUUCUCAGAACUUAAAUCAUUAGUAUUGUAUGACAGACAGUGAGGAGAAUUACUAAUGAGAUCUUGGGAGUAAAAAGGCUAAGAAUGCUACAUCAAAUGGACUGAUUGUAGCUUGAAGCACCAAUGAUAGAGGGUCCAGUUUUCCUAGACAGCACUUUUACUUUUUCAGCUUAUUUACUCCUAGAUCUCAUUAAUAAUUCUCCCAUAUGCAUGGUAUACAAUUCUUAUUAUAUUAGCCUGGAGAACAAACUGAUAAUUCCCUAAUUUAUAUUUUUCUUUACUUUCAUUAUUUGUCUGCUUGAUGUUGUAUUAUAUUGUAUUGAUAUUAUGAGGAGAAAUUCUUUCUUGGUCACUCAUGGAAGUUGAAGGGUUUAACAUGAACAAUAAUGGUCCAUUUUACAAUUGUGUGCUUGAUUGCCAAGCCUUUUAAAAGAAGUGAGGCUAAGGGUGACCUUGUUUUGAUACAAACCUUGCUGCUUUUCAAAUGUAAAUUACUCUGUUACCAUGCAAACUAGAUACUGAUCUCUAUCACAACAAGGUCACCUUCAGCCUCAUUCCAAAUCAAAGGCUUGGCAACUAAGAACACAACUGUAAAAUGGCCUUUUGUUGAACCCUUCCAUGCCUCAAAGAGACCAACAAGUUAUUUUUUGUCAUGAUAUCAAUACAUUGUCAAGUAGAAAGGUAAUGAGGAAAAAAGGGAACAUUAGCAAGGGGAUUUUACUUGAUUCUACAUCAAAUUCUCAUGGUAAAUGUUUCUAGAAAUGUAAGAAAGACAUUAGAGAGAACCUUGAAUUUAGAUCCUCUUAGAGGAAGGUUUAAUAGAUUUAGAGUGAUCAACUCAUGAAGUCAUUAUUUUUAUGGAACAAAUUGUUACAAUAGCAGCAGAAAAAGAAACCUUUUUUGUGUUAACCCUGAACUCUCAGAAGUGAUUAACAUGUAACCUCUCCUUAUCAUAACCAUAAAUAUCCAGCAAGUAGGUAAUGAGAUUAUUCAAACUUAUCAGGUAAAAGCUGUUUUCUUAACAUCAAAUUCUUGUAACUAAUUAAUAAGGGAACUGUGUAUUAACUAAAGGGAGAACCUGUUUAUCAGUGAGUAACAAUCAACAUGAAAAAUUUUUUCAAAGUUCAAAAAAACGUUUUUCAUGUGGUUGGUAGUCAUCUUUGAUAACUUUAAUAUACUGACUAUUUUCAUUUAAAAUAAAUUAUAGGUUGAUAGUCAUCUUUGAUAACUUUAAUAUACUUAUUAUUUUCAUUUAAACACCUUUGUUUUCAGAUUUUUGUGCCUCAUGAAAACAGAAGCCAGAUUGAUGAGAUUUACAACAAAACAAAUAUCAAGAACCUCACAGAGCUUUGUCCACAGGUAAUGGAAUUAUAUUGAAGAAUAUUGGAUUAUUACAGGACUGAUUUGAAACAUUUUGAUCUUCUCACUUGUCUUGUCUAGUGCAAGACAAGUCUUAAUGCCACGACAAAAGAUACUCAUGAUACAAAAAAAAAAAUUAAGUCAGAUGAAUUUUGUGGUAAGUCUGCUCUCAAGCCUGACAGCCUAUACCCAUCAGCCAAUUAAAGCUUUCUCUUGUAUCAGUGUCAAGAAGUGGCCAGGAGUAUUGCUGUUCUUUCUAAGACAGUUGCCAGUGGACUUAUUUAUACUUCUUAGUGGGGAGAGGCACUAUGAAAUUUUAUUAUCCAAAUGCACCAAGUAGAGUGCAAAUAACAUGUAAAUCAAGUACAAAGAUCAUGCAUUGUUUGAAAUGGUGGUUAUUUGUACUGUAAAAAAAAUAAUUGUGUAACCAGUUGGCUAAGCAUGCUAUGCCUCUCUAUCUGCUUUACUUUCUACACCUAAUAAACAAUGUGCAGAAAAUAAUUAAAAGCAGCUGGAAAAUAAAUAACUUAUGUGAUGUUUUGGUCUUUCAUAUCGCUGAGCAAUUUUACUCGUUGUUUUUAUUUUGACUAGCCCUGCAGGUUCAUCAAAAUGCAGCACAGGUUAUAAAAAUUAUUCUACACACUAAAACUUCUAAUAAGAGAUAUUAACUGUCUUGCCUAUGAACAGACAAGGACCUGACAAAAGUUCAAAGUUGCACCUCAUAAGUCAUAGUCCAGUGCAAAUUGUGUACUUUGGCCUUGAAGGGAAGCAAAAAUUUUCACAAUUCUAUUGCAGUUAUACUCAGGCUCCUGGUUUUUAUACCCAAAAAUAAUUGGCUUUGGAUCACUCCAACAAGAGAUUCUUUGCAGAUCUCUAUUAAUAUUGUUGCAGACUGAGGUUUAUCUAUGUUGUCGGAGCAAGGGGGGAGGGGUUUCCUUUUAAUUUUUAACCUGAUCUUAUCAAUAUUUUUUUGAUUAGUGGAAAUAUUGUCAGAGCACAGUCUUGCCAACAAUAGAAAUAGAAAUUUAUUUUUAGUUUCAAAAUCAAAUUGUAUAAGGAAAUCCUUUACAUGGACUAUAGUGGCUCCCCUGAGCUACUUAAUUCCUCUCUAUUUGUGGUUUCUUCUCAUAAUAAGCACAUGUUUGAUGAGAUUGAGCUUGAUAUCAUGAAUUAUCAAUACCAAAGUAUGAGUUAUCUGCCAGGGCUGAAGGCUGAGACAGAUGACACAGACACAAAGGUUGAUAAAUAAUUCAUGAUAUCACUAUAUCAAAACCAAAUUCAGUGAUUGUUUAUUGAACAUUUUUUUAAACAAUCUGCUAAACGAGACAAUUUUCUCUGAGUUUGCCAAAGUUUUAAAAUGCUACCUGCACAACAGGCUUGGAAAAAAGGCAGACUGGUUGAACUUGACAUGAUAAUCCAAUAUCUGCAGUAGGCAUGGGUUAUCAUGUAAAUGUCUAUUGUAUUUGGCCUGUAUCAGCUCUUAACCAAUGAGAGUUUUUAUUGUGAGUCUGAUGUACAAUAUGAUCUGUCUUUAAAUGUAUGUGAGGCAAAAUUAUUAAACUAGAACAGAAACCAAAGAAGCAUACAGUAAGAGGCUCCUGGUUAACCAUUAUAGGAACAACAGCAAUAAUCUUACAUGUACCUGGAUUCUAACAUGAUAUUAUUUUCAUCUUUUAAGAUCAGCUGGCUUGAUUUCUUCAAGAAUCAUUUCAAAGACAUACCUGACAUUAAAAAUGAGGAAGAGGUUGUGGUGUAUGCCACACGAUAUCUUGCGGCUUUGUCACCAGUGAUAAAGAAUGCAUCAGACAUGUGAGUAUUAUUAUAUCUCUUUUAAUCUUCUGUUUUAUCAUUCUUUUACUCCUGGUAUUAAAAUAUCAAUUCUGUGGUCUGUUUGCCCAACAAUUCUUUAACUUUGAGCCCUGAGAAUUUAAAAUAAUAUAGAAUAUAAAAUCAAACAGUUUCAGUAUCGUCACCUUUCGCUUUAAAAUUGAAUUCAUUAGGUUUUGUAUGGAGAAUUUCCAAAUGGGAGUAAAAACUUAAAAUUGAAUUAUACUGCAUUUUGUGUUGUAGUUUUGAGCGUAGGUAUUUUGAAGCUCAUUCAAGGAAAUAUUUUUACUGACAAAAAAAUUUUUCCCAGGUUGCUGAAUAAUUACUUGGUGUGGCAAGUUGUUCAUUCAUUUGCACCCUUGCUAUCAGAGAAAUUCCGUGAUGCUCAUGAAGAUCUGAUCAAAGUAUUAACAGGCUCCACAAGAUCAGAAGACUUGUGGAAGAAGUGCAUGGCAAACACAGAUGGAGCCAUAGGGAUGGCUUUGGGAAAGCUAUUUGUGGAUAAGGUCUUUGAUGAAACCAGCAAACAACAGGUACACAGUUACACAUUUAUUUAGCUGUUUGUGUGAGUAAUAAUAUACAUUAAAAAAAAAUACACCCUCUGAUUGGCUGAAAACCAGUGCUUUUUUUAAUGUAACAUGAGCGUAAAGCUGUAACACAAGUGCAAACUACAGAUAGUGCACCCGCUGCCAAAAUUCUGUAGGUCUUGACUUUCUGAGAUGCAUUUUUCAUGUAAAUUAUUAGCAAGUAACCACAUGAUUUGGCAUGCAGUUUGGUGUAAAUAGGCACUUAUAGAUUUUUCAAAUGCUAAAAAUUACACUAUCUCACUCUUUGUUGUCUUUGAAAAAUUUACUUAAUACUUAUUAACACCAAAUUGCAUUCCAAAUCAUGUUAUCACCUGUAAAAAUAGAUCUGACCUCAGAAUUGAGAUAGUUUAUCCAAUGGAUAAUUUUUUUGGCAUAAUUAUAGCAGGUGAUGUGUAUUGUUCAACUACUACUUUUAUUAAAUAACUUACCCUGUUUAUUGCAUAAAAAGCUACCUAGGCCUGUAUUCUGUGUACUCCUUCAAGUAAAUGCUGUCGGAGUAUUGUUUGUUUGACCAACUUGUAUCAACUCCACUUACAGUUUUAUCCAUGAGGAUAAAGUUGUCAGUUCACUUUGUAUUCCCCUCAUGAAGAACUUAACUACUGUGUACUAUCAGGCUAGGCCUCUAUUACAGCACCUUUUCAUGUAAGAGCUAUCUGCAAGUGCUGCCUGUUUGACUCACUUUUACUGACUCUAAUUCUAGUGUUAUCCAUGAGGAUAAAAUAGGCCAUUUUACAGUGGUGUGCUUAGUUGCCAAGCCUUUGAUUUAGAGUGAGGCUGAAGGUGACCUUGUUGUGAUAGAGACCAGUAUCUAGUUAGCAUGAUAACAAAGUAAUUUACAUUUGAAAAGCAGCAAGGUUUGUAUCAUAACAAGGUCACCCUCAUAGCCUCACACCUGUUCAAAGGCUUGGCAACCAAUCAUGCAAUUGUAAAAUAGACUAUUGUCACCUCAUGCUCUGUUCUCCUUGUAGGAGACUGUAGUGUACCUCAACCCUUGAAACCCUGAGAAUGACCAGCAUCUAAUUUCUCCUUACAAUAUCACCCCCAAAAUCACACAUAAAGGUCACGAGAAAAAAGGAAAUGAUCACCAAUGAUAGAAACUCUAGAUUGUUAAAACAAGUUCUCCUUACCAUCACCUUAGAAAUUGUAUUGAGAACAGUAUGGAGAAUAUGCAUACUGAUGUCAGGGUGUAAAGGGUUAAUUUAUCAAAGUUGGAUCCUUAGCAGCCAGUACAGUCUUAAGUUCAUGCUUAUAUAUGUCUGUUUCAAAUUGAUGGCAGGCCACUGAGAUGGUUGAUGCUGUGCGUAGUGCAUUUAAGAAAGGUCUUCCAUCUCUUGAGUGGAUGGAUGAAAAGACACGCAAGGCAGCGGAUGACAAGGUAUCUAGCUGUUAACAAAGUAAUUUGUUAACAGUAGUUAACAAAGUAAAAUCUGUUAGCUGUUAACAGAGUAAUUUGACCCUUAAGAGCAAUCACCAUCUAAUUUCUCCUCACAGUAUAACCCCUGAAUCAAGCUCUAACAAAGUGCUAACAUUUGAAAUGUCUGCUUUGAAACUCUUUACAAUGGCCAAUUUACAUUAUCAACUCAGUUGAUAAUACUUAAUAACCUUGUUAUACUCUCACUGAUGCACCACCACAGCUUCUCUAGAAACCUACCCCUUUUACUAAUUUAUCAACAUCAACUGGCCAUUGUAAAGAGUUUCAAAGCUGACUUUUCAAGCAACAGCCCUUUGUUAUUUUGCUCUGACUAAGGGCUAAUGCUCAAGAUCCAUUUUUUGGGAGGAAAAAAUAAGAGUUUUGGAAACAAAAGUUGUAAAAUUUGCCACAUGAUAAUCCAUGUCUUUCAUCUUCCUGCAAUUUGAUCAGUUACUUUAAACAAGCCUUGAAGUCUGAUUGGUUGUUUUGUUUUUAGUGUAGCCUCCUCAUUGGCUGGGGAAAAGAUGCAAUUUAAACCAAAGAAUGGUGCGAUUUGGGAAUAAAUCGCACCAAUUAGAGCCAAUUAGAUCACAGGGACCACCAGUGAUUUCAAAAUGGGUGUAAUAAAUCAUUGAAAGUCCAAGAUUUAUUACUUAUUACAAUGAUUUAAAAAUUGCACUUGAUAUUUUUGCUGGUCAAGAAACAAAAGUUAGAGUCAGUUUUCUGGAAGCAAAACACAAGAAUCAAAGUGUUUUUUCUUUAAUACUUUCAGGCAGAUGCAGUGGUAGACAUGAUUGGAUUUCCAGACUACUUCAAAGAUCCACAAAAACUUGAAGAGAAGUACAAGGGGGUGAGUAGAAGCAGUUGGGUACGACUUUUCUGCUACUGAACACCAUAAAUUUGCAAAACAGUACUCACAUGUAACAGUGAUGUAGGUCAGUAGGUCAUUUUACAGGGGAGUACUUAGUUGCCAAGCCUUUGAUUUAGAGUGAGGCUGAAGGUGACCAGUAUCUAGUUAGCAUGAUAACAAGGUAAUUUACAUUUGAGAGUAACAAUGUUUGUAUCAUAACAAGGUCACCCUUAGCUUCACUCCAGUUCAAAGGCUUGUCAACCUGGCAUGCAACUGUAAAAUGGACUAUCCUGCAUGUAAGCUGUCUUCCUUGAACUACACUGGAGCGAAUUAAUGCAUGAAAGCUUGGGGGGUGGGGGGGGGGAGGGUUGUACUGUGUCACAAUCCUGGGCACAGGCUCUCAUUUCAUUCUGGGCACAGGGUUCUUUUGCACUUAAAUUCUGGGCACUGGGAUUUGGUUUUGAGAAAUUUUGGCUGAAAGAUUCCUGUAUACCCAAGUUUACGUACCUUAAAUUGUUGUUGAUGAUGUUAAUGGGCAAUCUACAAUUUGGUUUCAGGGUACUUGUAUACCCAAAACUUUGGUGUAGGAUAUGUGACAGUGUAAUCCCUAAGCUAAAUGUUGAAAAAGAGAAGUCUCUUAACCCUUUAACCCCUAAGAGUGACUAGCAUAUAAUUUCUCCUUACAGUAUCAUUACUGAAUCACACAUUAAUGUUAUGAGAAUAAAGGAAAUGAUCACGAAUUAAAGAAACUCUUGAUUGUUAGACAAAUUCUCCUUGUCAGCACCUUAGUAAAUGUACAGAGAACAGUGGGGAGAAUAUGAAUGCUGAUGUUAGGGUGGAAAGGGUUAAUGGCUAGUAAUUUCUAGGUCAUUUUCUUCAUGGUCUUUCUUUUUGUUUGAAAAUUAUAAUUUGGUUGAUGCAUUUGAGGAGGCUGUUGAUAUGAAUGUAGUAUCGAAUUUUCUUUCUGAUUGGACAUCAUUAAAGUAGGUAGAUUGACUUUGAUGUUUGCCCUUUUUUUAUAUAUUCAUUCCCUCAGAUAAUUUUGUAUUACAUAUUUCACUAACCUGUUAUGGAAAAUUUGCAAUAAUAUGAACAAUUUUCUUCAUUUUCAGCUUAAUUUCAACCCCAAGAAUUACUUUCAGAACAUGCGCAAUUCCGAUGACUUCCAUCUGUCCAAGACCCUGCAUAUGCUUCGAAAGCCUGUUGACAAACAUAAGUAUGUUUAUUGUAUGUGUGAAUACCUCAUACUUAUUAGUUGUGGGUGACUUAGAAAAUUCUCAAUGCAUUACAGGGGGAAAUAUUUGAAAAAAAUAUUUUAAGUUUAGUGGUUGGUUAUUGAUUUCCAUACACGUGAGGGGGUGUGUGUGCACAAAACAGUGAACCUACACUCCCAGUUGUUAGUUGGGACAUUUUUCCAGAACAAUGCCUAUUAUGUUCUUUCACCCCUCCCCCCUUCCCAAAUUGUUAAAUAAUUCUGUGUCCAUGCCAUCUUGUACACCAACACUGAGAGGGUCAGGGAAGGCUGUAUUAGUGUUCCGAAAAAAUAUACCCCAGGGUGUAAUUCCCUCCUUUUUUUUUUUUUUUUUUUUCCCUCUUGUGAUUUACUCCAUUUUAUUUAUUCUCUUAACCUUUAUUCCUACUUUAUUACAUGUUUAAAUUAAUACUCUUUGUGAUUAGUGACUAUAAACUGUACACUAUGAGCCCCUCAUCUUGACCUCCUUGGAUAGCACAUGUGAAAGGAAUCAAUUGCUGAAACAAAUUUCUAAGAAAGGAGGUCCAGUUUAGUUGGUGUACCCUUUGUUUGUUGGGCUGUCAUGGUCUGAGUGGGAGAAAUUGUAGAGAAAUUGGCAAUUAUGAAGCUACUUGAAAAUCUGUUAUGAAUCUUAUGAUCAAUUCAUUUAGUCAUAUCAAUUUAAUUUUUUUCUUUUGAAUCUCAUCUGUAAUAGGUGGUAUAUGACUCCACAAACUGUAAAUGCUUACUAUAGUCCAUCCAGGAACCAGAUUGGUAAGUUUAUACUUCUAGUCAAUUGCCCAGAGAAAACACAGUCAUACUCCACUGUUUAUUAUUACUAUUAUUAUAUCAUUACUAACACCAUUGGCCUUCAGUCUUCCCGUUGUCUUCAUUUUCAUCAUUGUUAUUCACAAAAACAUCAGUGUUAUCAAAGCUCUCCAGUUUAUUUGCUGGCAAAGAGUAAAAUGGGCAUCACCACUUCAGAGGGGUAUAGGGGUAUUCCCCUGCCCCCCAAAAUUGUGAACAAUUGAAGUAGCCAAGAUGUGCAUUCCUUAUUAUGAGCAAGAAUUUCCACUGUUGGAAGGUGUUUGAAUGGAGUACAAGAGGAAUAAGGAGUAAAUUAUAUUUAAAAAGAUAAUUAAUUUUCUAGCAAUUUACCUUCUCAAAAUCAACAGGUGAAAUCAGAAACCUUAAUUGUGCACAAAACAAUAGUUUCAACAUGAAAGCAUAAGUUAGAUUGAAUUCAUUUGAGUUUCUGCAGUAUUGUAAUGUCAGUCACUCUCCUAAUUAUUAGUCAGAGCUAUUAUUACUACAAUUCUACUGCAUUGAUGAAAGCAAUCUUUAUAUUUGUCUAUAAAAUUUUAUUAUUGCAUGCAAAUGUGGAGUGAAAGUAAUUGGUGAGUCAUAGGAAUUUGAGAGGUGAUUGACUGGUUAUCAUCAUUUGUUACCUUGCAGUAUUCCCAGCAGGAAUUUUGCAAGCUCCAUAUUAUAACAGGAAAUUCCCAAAGUAAGUUGAAUUUUACUGUAUUCAGUAUUACAAUGAUUCAAACAAUUGUAAUUGUUAUUGAUAAUUAACCUUUUAACUCUCUGAGGUGAUUCACAUGUAAUUUCUCCCUACAAAAUCCAUACACUAUAACAGGAAAUUCCCAAAGUAAGUUAUCACAAUGCAACAAUGUAAUUGUUAACAUCAGUAUCCAUAUUCUCUGUAGUCUUCUUUAUACUUUUCCUUUAUUACUGAUGAGGAGAAUUAAUUUAACCCUUUAACUCCCAAGAUCUGAUUGCUAAUUCUCCCCUCUAGCUGCUACACAUUUCCUUGUAAAUUAGUUAUGAGAACCUGGUGCUAGAUCAAGAUAUCAGCUUGUACCUGAUAAGUUUGAAUAUUCUUAUUACCUGUUUGCUGAAUAAUGUAUGAAUAUUAUAGGGAGAAGUUUCAUGUUAAUCAAAGUUCCAUAAUAUGAAAAUAAUUUCCUUUAUUCUCAUGAUCUUAAUGAAUGAUUCAGCAGUAUUACUGUAGGGAGAAAUUAAAGGCUGAUCACUCUUAGAGUUUAAAGGGCUAAGGGAUCACAAUUUUGUAAUCAGGUAUUUUGUUAACUCUUGAUGGUUAUUUUGAUAUUAAUUUUAUAUUUUCAGUUGAAAAUAUGUCUUCCUUAUGUUUAAAAUGCAUUUUUUUCCUCCUGUUUGUUCAAUUCCUGACAGGGUCGUCAACUUUGGAGAAAUUGGAGCUGUGGUGGGACAUGAACUUACUCAUGCCUUUGACAAUUCAGGUAAAAUGUGUUUGUCUACAAAAAUUCUCUACAGGAAUUUCUACACACAAUUGCUUUGAUUUGCAGUUGGUUUUUAGUGGUAUGCAGAGCAUUGAAACUUAUCUGUGAGACAGAACUGUUCACUACCUCCUUCCUCCUGAGAAAUUCUGCUGUGAUGAGAUCAUGCUCUAAUCAUCAAAAAAUGAAAUGAAAUGAAACUAAUUUUUAAGAUCAAAAAUAACAUUUUGCCAACAUUAGAUUAGCUAAUGUAAAUUUACCUAAAAGUCCUAUGAUGAAAAUGUUGGACAAUCUCUGCUUUUUUUAAGUUUUAAGGAAAUUUAGGCCAAUAAGGAACAUUAUCUGACUCAUUUCUUUUUUUAUUUCAGUGUAGAAUAAUGUGAAGAAUUCUCCCCUCAGCUAAUUUUUCAAUUUGUUUACAUAGGUCGCAUGUAUGAUAAGUAUGGAAAUUAUGGAACCCUGUGGUGGACUCAAAAAUCUGUGGAACAGUAUGAGAAGAGAAGUGCAUGUAUGAUAGACCAGUAUUCACAAUUUUCUUACUUUAACAAAAAAGUAAGUGGAAUGUUUUUCUUGCUCUUAGCCAAUAGCUAUCAUGUAGGAUUGGAGUCACAUUAAUGUUUUUUGUUGAAAGGUUAUUGAUGUACAGAUGGCUGGACAAACACAGACUCACUGAACAAAUUAUUGAAUGACUGAUGGUCUGAAUGACUGACCAACUGACUGACUGAUCGAAUCACAGAUUGACUGCAUGACUGACUGACUGAUUGACAGACUGACUGACUAACUGACCUACUGAUUGAUUGACUGACUGAUCAAUGGAUUGAUUGAGUGACUGAUAGACCAACUCUUUUUAUUGUAAAGUAGAGGAAGAAAUUGUUGAUUGCAAAGCUCUGUAUCUAUAGCUUAAGUAUAAAUCAAAGAACUUACAAUAAUUUGUUACUGUUAGAAAAAAAUUGGAUAUGUACUUUAUAUAAUCUUGGGCUAUAUGAACCCUUUAACUCCCGAGAUCUGAUAGUCGAUUCUCCCCUCCAGCUAUUACGUAGUUCCUUUUAAAUUAGUUACAAGAAUUUGGUGUUAAAUCAAGACAACACCUUCUACUUGAUAUGUUUGAGUAUUCUCAUUACUUGUUUGCUGGAUAAUGUAUGGAUGUUGCAGGGAGAUGUUAGAUGUUAAUCACUUCUGAGGGUUAAAAGGUUAAAUCAAGCACCUGUAACUGUUACUUUGUGAUUUUUUUUCUCUCCCAUCAGGUGAAAGGCAAAGUUACCCUGGGAGAAAACAUAGCUGAUAAUGGAGGCUUAAAGUCUGCUUACAAUGUCAGUAUUCAUCAUCUUAAAAUUCAUUCUGUUACAUAAUGGAAUUUUCUUUAAAACAAAAUUAUUUAUCUUGGCUAUUGUUUCUUAUGGGCUGUAGAACAACAGAGAGGGGUAGGAGAAACUUAAGUCCCCCCCUCCCUCGCUAAUCGAAAUUUAGGAGGCUUGGCCCCCAUGUUUUUGUGUAGAAAUUAUUUCAAAUGCAGAAAUUUGGAAUAAUCAAUUGGCUCCAGAAAAUCUUCAGUCUCAUGAGCCUCUCACAUAUCUUUUCAGCAGGAUAAACCUAGUAAAACAAUUAAUUAAAGGAAAUUUUUUUGGACGAUUGUCCUCUCAUACACUGUCAAAAAUCAGUUACAGAUAACUAGACUGUUAGAAUUGUAAAGAGGUUUGCUUCUACCAAAUCUCUAAACAAACUAUGCAAAGGACAUUGCAGAAAAGUUUUAGUGAGGGAGAGCAGUUGGCUUGGCAUAUGAUGUGCCCAUCCAAUCACAACUAGGUUUCAAAACACUUUUCUGCCUCUAUCUGUUGCCUGAAAUGCCAAUGAUUGAUAGAGCUAGCAGUGCACUGAGUCUAUCGUUCUUAUCCAUACUUCUACUCAUCCAUGUACACCUUAACAUUAGUAUGCAAGUUCUCCAUACUGUUCUCUCUACAUUUCAUGUUACUUCUAAGGAGAAUUCAUCUAUUAAUCAAGAGCUUUUUGAGUUUGCAAUCCCUUCCUUCAUUCUCAUGACCUUGAUAUUUAAUUCAGGGGUGAUACUAUUGAAAGAAAUUACAGUUCUCAAUUGCUGUACUAUGCUUGAACUAAGGAUUAAUGGCAGGUUGUUAUCAUUCAGAUCAAUAAAAAUUACCUGUAGUCAAUAAUAUACUCAUUUUCUUUGUUUAUAAGGCUUAUAAGGAGUGGGAAAAGAAAGAAGGAGUAGAACCCCCCCUUCCUCUCCUAAACAUGACGGCAGAUCAAACAUUCUUCACUGCAUUUGCACAGGUACAUUAUAAAUUGCUGUUGAUAGAACUUGUUGUUGCUAAAUUUUAGAUUUUUAGCCCUUUACACCUCAACAUCAGUUUGUAUAUCCUCCAUACUGUUCUCUGUGUGUUUCCUUUCGACCUGGGAAGGAGUAUUUGUUUAAAAGUCACAAGUUUUUAUUGAGUGGUUGUUGUGAUUUAAUGGUUCACUCAGUGAUAAUACUUUAGGGAGAAAUUAGAUGCUAGUCACUCUAACUUAGAGGUUAAUAAGUUAAAGAAAUAUUUCAUAUCUGACUUGGAGCUUCAUUUUUCACAGAGCUGGUGUGCAAACAUAAGAGAGCAGGUUGCGAUUGUCAGGCUUGAUUCCGACUCCCACUCACCUGAUAAAUUCAGGUAUGAAUUUAAAACAAGAUUCUUCAAUCUUUUUGCACUGCAGUUUCUUAAGUCUUGAAUGCAUAAAAUCAUCCUCAUUCGUUUCACUUUUUUAGGCAUCACUAGCUCAUUAAGCUCUCUGCUAUUAUCUCUUUCACUCCCAAUAUCUCAUUUAGUAAUCCUCCUUACUGUCUGCCAUGUAACUCUCAUGUUGGUUGAAAGAAUUUGGUAUUGGAUCAACUAAUGAUGCCCUAAUUUAUAUUUUUUUUCUCGAUUCUCGUUACUUGUCUGCUUGAUAUUGUAUCAUUAUAGUAAGGAGAAAUUCUGUCUUGGUCACCUAUGGGAGUAAGAGGGUUAAAAAGCACACAUUAAACUUUGAUUUUGUUCUUUCAGGGUCCUGGGUUCACUGUCUAAUUCAGAAGAUUUUGCUGCAGCCUUCAAAUGUGAACUUGGAAGCAAAAUGAACCCUAAGAAAAAAUGUCACAUUUGGUAGAGAAACUAAUUCUCAUGAACCAACCUUAACCUUUUCACAAUAACGUCAGUAUGUAUAUUCUCCAUACUGUUCUCUAUGCAUUUCUUCAAGUGCUGACAAGGAGAAUUUGUUUGGCAAUCAAGGCUUCUAUAAUUGGUGAUCAUUUCCUUAAUUUUUGGUGGCCUUUAUAUUUAACUUGGUGGGUGAUAUUGCGAGGUGAUAUUAGAUGAUAACCACUCUCAAGGAUUAAAGGAUUAACAGAGAAUUUCUUAAAUUGUGGAGUUGCGGUAAAUUCUAUUAACCCUUUAACUCCCAAGAUCUCAUUAGUAAUUCUCCUUACUGUCUGUCAUAUAGUUCUUGUGAUGUUAGUUUGGAGAAUUUGGUAUUAGAUCAGCUAAUUAUCCCCUGGUUAAUAUUUUUCUUUAUUCUCAUCACUUGUCUGCUUGAUAUGGUAUCAAUAUUGUAAGGAGAAAUUUUGUCUUGGUCACUCAUGAGAGUUAAAGGGUUAAAAAAAGGUUACCAUUUUCUGGCACACUACCGAUUCCAACCACUCCUUUAAACUUUUUUAUUUAUUCAGUUUCAGUUCAAUUAAAUUUCAUGUUAAUUUCAUUUAAUUUCAAGUGUUAAAUACCUUAACCAAGGUUUUUUCAGAAGUCCUGCCAAUGACUUAAAAUGUUGUGAUGAUAACUUAUUUAAAGAGUUUAUUAGAGUUAUUUUCAGUGUGGAAGAAGUUUUGACAUUUGCUCAUUGUCAGAGCAAAGGAAAAUGUAAUUGUAAUUAUAUGUACCAAGUAGGUAGUGUUUAUUUAAUUUUAAAAUACCCAUUUAUGUGGGUAGAGUUUCCCUAGACAUAACCUAAUGUUCACGAGGAUGAUGUGAGAAGGGAAAGGCAUAUUGAUUAUUUUGGUCAAUAAAGGUACAGCUGGCUUGUACAGAAGAGGACUUUUGGCAAAAUAUUUCUUUUGUGUUGUUUUGUUUUUUUAUUUUCAUUUUGAUUAGGAAAAUAGGGCGAUGAGAAAAUGUAAUAACACAAAAGAGAUGUAAUACUAUAGUAGGGUCAAAUUUUAUCAUUAAUAUUUUGUAAAUUUUUUUUUGAAGUUCUCAAGUUUAUUUUCUGGCAAAGAGUAAGAUGCCACAUGCACCACUCACCUGGGGGGUAUAGGGGCAUGCUCACACAGGAAAUUGAAAAAAUGAAGCAGCUAAGACAUGCAGCAAGAAUUUCCACUGUUGGAAAGUGUUUAAGGCGAGUACAAAAGUAACAAGGGGUUAAUUACAUUUAGAAGGAUAAUCGUGUUAAACUUUAUAAGUACUUAACUGAAUCAGCAGUUUGCCAUCUCAAAAUCAACAGUUUAAAUCAGAAACCUAUGAUGAUAGUUUCAAUGUGCGAGUGUAUGAUUGAAUUUAUUUUUGUGAAACUCCAGAGCUCUGCAUACUGUAAUAAUGUCUGUUUGGUAACUUAACAGUGCUACAGUACACUUUGUUAAGACAACUGAAUUUCAACAUUAAAAUUAUUCAAUAACUUAUAAAUGUUAAGGUGCAAGGUAUUUUCUUUAUGUAUGUUAAAAUACACACACAUAUAAAUAUAUCUAUAAGUCUCAGAUAUAUAAACAAUGGCCUUCAUUUGAUACCAAAAUAUGCACGGAUAGUUGUCUUCAGAAAGCAAAGUUUGAGGAAAACUGUGAGAUUCAAGGAACAAAUAUUGUUUACAGACAAAUAAACAAGGAUAAUUUGUGCCAAAUGGAGGCUAUUGUGUUUAUUAUCCUUCAAAUAUUUUUGAACAUGUGGGAAAAAAUUUUUACCAACAGCUUAACGUUUACUGCAUUAGAUUUUCACUUUUCCGUGUUCUCUGGUAUAACUUUGUGAACAAAUAGAUCCUGUCUUCUGUAACAACCUGAAAGCACUAUCUCACUGUCAAUUAAAUUUUACAGGAAAACUUAUCAUAGUUGAAAAUAAGGUUUAAAGUUAGGGAAUAUCACUUGGGGUAUAUCCUCAGAUAUUCUCCAGUUUUAGUUAGGGCAUAUACGGUCUUGUGAUGCAUUAAGACCAAUGGCAUAGAAGCGAAAUAUUUGAUGGAUUAUAAUAAAAGUAAACUGUUUUAAAGGUAAAAUAAAAUUCAGCACAAACAUUAGAGUUUGUGGUGUGUGUGUGUGGGGGAAGGAGUUGUUCAGGGGAGGGGGUGUUUGGGAGAAGAGGAAAAGCACAGAAAAACUAUUGAAGAAUAUGAC